AUGGCACCACAGUCAACUACUCCUCUGUCACCAAGUUCAGCCAUUGGUUCCACUACAUCCAAGAAGAGUAAUUUAUUAAACCUUUUCACUAAACGAAAAGGAGGAGCUAAUAACAGUAAUUCACGUGGUGUUGCUGGUGAUGGUUCAAAGCCAUCUAGACUGGGGUCAUUAAAGUCUAGUACCAAUGGUUCUAGGAGUAGGUCAAAAGGAGACAAGUUACAAAAAAUUUCUACUCGCGGAAGUAGUCGGAGUAGGAAAAGAGACUUGUCAGAAGGUAGAGACUUUUAUGUUGAUGAUGAUGAUUCAUAUUUAUACAAUGAUGAAGAAGAUGAUGAUAUGGAUGAUGAUACAAACACUUUGGGUUAUGAUUCAGAUACUUCACUGGGUGCUUCAAUAGGUAGAUCACCUUCAAUUUUGAGCAAAAUUAAAUCCAAUGGAGGUAAUAAACGAUCAAGUACUAUAUUGAACCAUAAUGUUGAUGAAAAAGUUGCAUUCCCAAAUCUAGAUCAAAUUAUUCGUGAUUCUAAUCUUACAUUACCUGUGGCUAAUGAAGAUGAUGCACCAUGGAAUGGAUUGACUUACGAAUCUUUUUUAAUACCCAAGUAUGUUAAAACAUCGCGUCAUACAAAACAGAGUCCUAAAAUUAUAAAUAAUCUAUUUCUUGCCCAGGAGUUAAAUGUUGACAAUUACAAAGCUAAUAAUGCCAGUUUAAAGUCAAAUGAAAGUAGUGAUGCAGAACAAGAACACAACAAUUCAUAUCUGCAACUGGAAACUGGAGAUACGUCCUCCACCAAUUUUGAAGAUAGUGGCAUAGGUAAAGAAAUAUUUGUCAUGAAGUUUAGUAAAGAUGGGAAAUACCUUGCAGCAGCUGGAAGAGAUGCGGUAAUACGGAUAUGGAAAGUUAUAUCAUCACCAUUGGGGAGAUUAGAAUAUAAUCAAAAUGAACGUGAUACGAGUCCCACUAGAAGUAAUAAACGAGAUGCGGUGUUUGAUUCAGCACCAGUUUUCCACAAGACACCAAUUGAAUUACGUGGUCACACUAGUGGAAUUAUAUCCCUUGAAUGGAGUAAAAAUAACUUUUUAAUAACUGGAAGUAUGGAUAAAACUGCCAAGCUAUGGCAUGUUGAUCGGCCUAAUUGUUUACAAACUUUUCAACAUCAAGAUUUUGUUACUGCUGUUGAAUUUCAUCCUUUGGAUGAUCGAUUUUUCUUGAGUGGGUCUUUGGAUAAUGAGGUUCGAUUGUGGUCAAUUUUGGAAAAAUCUGUUUCUUAUUGGAGAAAUUUGGGUGAAGAAGUAUUGGUGACGGCAUUGGCAUUCACUCCUGAUGGAUUAGGUUGUACUGUGGGUGGAUUUAAUGGAUCAAUAUUCUUUUUGGAAACUAAAGGGUUACAUAUUCUACAUCGAGCAGAAGUUAAGGAGCGUUCGAUUGUACAUGCUUUCCAUGAAAAGAGUGGUAAUAAAAUAACGGGUAUUGAAGUCUUUCCUAACCCAAGCUAUAAACCAGGUCCAAAUCAAGGUAUAUCCACGGAUAAAUGGAAUGUAUUGAUCACAACCAACGAUUCCCGAGUUCGAAUGGUUAGUACAUCAAAAAAGAAAUUAAUCACCCGUUUUAAAGGUCUAACAAACAAUUCAUCAUCCAUAGCAGCGUCAAUAACCGAAAAUCAUAAAUUUAUAAUUUCUGGAUCAGAAGACCAUUAUUGUUAUAUUUGGGAAAAUAAUAAUCGAAUAAUUAACAACAAGAUCAAACAAUCACUCAAAGAAUUUGUUAUUGAUGGGAAACAAACAAUGAGUGAUUUUCAUCAUAAACAUGAAAAAUAUUCCAAAUUAUUUCAUUCAAAUAAAUUAAUUGGUAAAUUGCUUGAUGGUGGUGCUGAUGAUGAAAAUUUACGUCAUGACUUUGUUGCUAAUGAAAACAAUAGUUAUGUGUGUUUUCAUGCUCACCAUUCUAGAUGUAAUGUGGCGGUAUUUGCACCUGAAUCAACAAAGACGUUGUUAAGUUUAUCCGAUGAUUUAAUUUUUGAUUUAAAGAAGCGUGGUGAAGCAUGUAAGAUGGAUCCAAGUAUAUGUUCAUUAGCUCCUGGUGGGGGAGAACACGGCAGGGAACAUGCUGGAUUUGAUGAAGGACCCGGAGAGGGCGAUAUUGUUGUUACUACUGAUCAAUAUGGAUUAAUUCGAGUAUUUCGACAAGAUAUUGCUAGUUCAUACAGGAGACAAUUUAUUGACUUGUAUAAAAAAUGCCAAGCACAAAACAAAUCGUCAGUGUUGCUUUCACCUGAAAGUAAUUCUAUCAAAUCAAGUGGUAAUAAUAGUUAUGGUGUUGUACAUAAUGGAGGAGGAGUUGGAGGAUUAGUUAAUGUGGGUAAUAGUAAUGGUAAUGGAGGUGUUGGUCACAAUUUCCGUCCUUCAAGAAAAUUACUGGGCGGUGAGAAAUGUGGUCUUUCGAGGAACUUUGAAUCGUCACGAUCAAUUAGUUCAAUACUUUCGUCUAAACGAGGUUUGAGUUCAACUGAUAUUAGUCAUACGAUAUCCCAUACCGGUCAGUACAGACCACCACCAGCCCCUGCUGCCCCUUCAGCUUUAGCAGCACCUGCACUGGUACAAACACAUGAUCCAUUCAUUUCAAACUCCUCCUCGUCUAGCAACUAUACCUACCAACGACAAAGACCUCCAUCAUCACCCCCCAAUCACGAUAUGUUUAAUCAACCAGACAUACCUAUUCAUCCAGAUUCCUCGGACGAAGAAAAAGAAGAACAAGUAGAGGAUGAUGAAGAUGAGUUUGAUCCUUUUGACAGUGAUGCCACCAGCACUACUGAAUUUGAAAACGGAUUAACAACAACUCCUGCAACAGCAUCAUCAUCAACAAGAAAAAAUGAGGGGUACAGCUUAUCGACAUUGAAUGCAUUGGAAGGUAAUCAAAUUGGUCACACUGUUGGCGGUAGACAAGAGACAUUUCCAAGUUUAAAAAAAGUGUCCAACCAACAACAACAACAACAACAACCGCCUCGUGGUAUUAGGGUUCCUCCACCACCGGUGACACCACCCGCUGGAAACCAAAUGCAUCAUGUUCCACCGCAAGCACACAAUCAAAAUAACGGAUUUGGGAUUCAGUACAAUGGUGGGAAUAAUGUCCCUAGAGGACCCAUUACUGCUGCAUCAGUUGGUGCUGCAGCAAAUGCACCACCAGCAUCAUCAGCAGUAUCUACACCAACACCAACACCAACACCAACACCAACACAUAUUCAAUCAUCUACAGCCUACCCAGUUGCACCUCGUCCCGUUCCGGCCACUUCUACAUCACCAAAAGUGCCCCAAAUCGUCUUACCCGACGGAACACCAUCAUCGUCGCCAUCAUCAUCAUCCAAUCAACAUCAACAUAACCAACAACUUACACCUGAUUUGCAUUCACAAAUUAGUCGAGUUUCGAUUCAUUCAACUGGCGAUGCACCACAUACAUAG